UCAACUGACUCCCCUGAUUUCCAGAAAUACCCCCAAUUUUCCACUUAAUUACGAUCCGACCCGAUUAUUUCUGAUCUAUAAAACUGGCCUUUGAGAAUCGUUAGGUUUGCCAAACUAACGCCCCGAGGGGCCCCCUAGAGAGGGUACACGACAGCCUUCUUCUUCGCUUUCUCUCUCCUCUUCUUCUCUCUCUCUCCUCUGGUCUCCAAUGGUGACUUCAUCUUCUUCCUCGAAAACCAGAUCCAGCGGCCCGGUGAUCCGAUCACUCUCGCCGGGCGGCAGGUUCUGUAACUCCCCUUCUUUGUCGUCUUCUACAUCGGCUUUUGCUUCCUCCACUAGCUCAAGCUUUUACUCCUCUUCCUCCGCUUUCCGUCACGAUGACCAUCGUGAUUUCCGCAGCCAUCAUCAACCUCGAUCCACCUCUCCCAGCCGUGUUAACGUUUAUUCAUCUCCUUCACUUGCUCCUUCUGUCCGUUUCUUUAUCGAUAACCGUUCCAUUUCUCCGAAUCGAUCCGUUAUUGUUUCCAGGAAGAAUCGUCCGGUUUCUAAUGUUAAGAAGACCUGUAUGUGCUCUCCGACGACGCAUCCAGGCUCUUUCCGGUGCAGUCUCCAUAAGAAUGUUUCCAGUAGCGGAGGCCACGGGCAGUCGGUGUCGUUUCCUUCUACCAGGUUGAAUAUGCGGAGAUCGGCUAUGGCGAACUCGCUUGUUCGAAUCGGCGGAGUGGAAGGGGAAUGGAUGAAGAGAGCAUUGACGACUCUGAUUCGGCCUUCUUCGCACCAGCAGAGGAGGAGAGCGGCGUUCCAACCGAGAUCCAGUCGGCUCUCGGUCAUGUCCAAAGCCGACGAUGCGUGAAUUUCAGCAGAAGCGUUGGGAUUCCGUUUAUGCCGUCGUCGUACGUUACCGUCGGGUUGGUUGCGUUCGUCGUGAUUUUCGCCCCCCGUCGUUUCACGUGUUCCGUUUACUCCGUCGUGUUCUUUCCGGUGCCAGGUAUUUUUUUUAUUUUUUUAUCCGUAUUUAAUUUUGAAUUUUUAUUUGUUAUUGUUGUGAAAUAUUUAUUUGGUGCAGGACGUGCCGCUCGGUGAUAAUGUCGUCACGAUUCCUGCGCUGAGGUUCUUUGAGCUCAGAGAUGUUGGAAAGUCGAAACUUAUGAAACUUUGACCUUUGACUUUUGACCAGGUGAAGAUCGUUCGUUAAAAUGGCGAAUGGGCCCAGGCCCAUCGGACCUUAUUUUUACCAUGAAGAAACUUUACAAGUGAAAUUGAGACAGAUCUUAAUGAAGGAAAAUUAAAGAAAAAACAACUAUGGAGUGGUUUCUAAUCAGAUUCGGCUCCAAGAAAAAAGAGAGAACUUCUGGAUAAGGAAAUGUGAAUAAAUUUAACAGUUCAGAGUUGGCUGGAUUUACCAUACGUGAAAAUGAGGUGAAGAGGGAGUAUCCAAAAGGAAAAUAAUAAUUAAAAAUAAAUAAAUAGAUAAGGAAUGGGACCAUAUGUGCUGGAAAUGACUGAGAGGUGAGGCAGACAUAAGCCAGGAAUGGUAGCACAGUAAAUUUGGUUGGAGAGUAUUGAUUUUGGAAAAUAAGUGGGGCCCAUGACGGUGAGGCCGAGAUUCUUGUGACCCCAACGGCAGUGUCGACUUUAUGGUUCUGGGUUUUAACUUUAAAAAUUUUUAAAUUAAAUAUUAAAACUGGAUCGGCUUUU